AUGGCCGUGAGGUGGACCUGGGCAGGCAAGAGCCUCCUGCUGCUGGCGCUUUUCGCAGUGGCUUAUCUCCUAGUGGAACUCUCAGUCUCCACUUUCCAUUCGUCCCAAGGAGCCGGCCUGGCCAGGGAGCGGUGGCAAAGACAGCUCGCUGACUCUGGGAAAAAGGCAGAGGAAGAUUUGUCUCGCCCGCUUUAUGAGAAGCCUCCCGCGGAUUCCCAUGCCUUGGGAGAAUGGGGCCGGGCCAGCAAACUCCAGCUCAGUGAUGGCGAGCAGAAGCAGGUGGAGGAGCUCAUUGAGAGAUACGCCAUCAAUAUUUACCUCAGUGACAGGAUAUCCUUGCACCGCCAUAUAGAGGAUAAACGAAUGUAUGAGUGCAAAUCCAAGAAGUUCAACUAUAGGAAACUCCCCACCACCUCUGUCAUAAUAGCUUUCUACAACGAAGCCUGGUCGACCUUGCUCCGCACCAUUCACAGUGUAUUAGAAACUUCCCCUGCUGUCCUUCUGAAGGAGAUCAUUUUGGUCGAUGACUUGAGUGACAGAGUUUAUUUGAAGACACAGCUGGAAAGUUACAUCAGCAAUCUCGACAGAGUCCGCUUGAUUAGAACCAAUAAGCGAGAGGGCCUGGUGAGGGCCCGCCUGAUUGGGGCCACAUUUGCCACUGGAGAUGUCCUCACUUUCCUAGAUUGCCACUGUGAAUGUAAUUCUGGGUGGCUGGAACCACUUUUGGAAAGAAUCGGUGAGGAUGAAACAGCAGUUGUUUGCCCUGUUAUAGACACUAUUGACUGGAAUACUUUUGAAUUCUACAUGCAGACGGGAGAACCUAUGAUUGGUGGUUUUGAUUGGCGUUUAACGUUCCAGUGGCAUUCUGUCCCCAAACAUGAAAGGGACCGGCGGUCUUCCAGAAUUGACCCUAUCAGAUCGCCCACCAUGGCUGGAGGACUCUUUGCCGUCAGCAAGAAGUAUUUUGAGUACCUCGGAACCUAUGACACUGGAAUGGAAGUGUGGGGAGGUGAAAACUUAGAGCUGUCUUUCCGAGUGUGGCAGUGUGGUGGUAAGUUGGAGAUCCACCCGUGCUCCCAUGUGGGCCAUGUGUUCCCAAAACGGGCACCAUAUGCCAGGCCCAACUUCCUACAGAACACUGCUCGGGCGGCAGAAGUGUGGAUGGAUGAGUACAAGCAGCAUUUCUACAAUAGAAACCCUCCAGCAAGGAAGGAAGUCUAUGGUGAUAUUUCUGAAAGAAAAUUGCUACGAGAAAGGCUGAAAUGCAAGAGCUUUGACUGGUAUUUGAAAAAUAUAUUUUCAAAUUUACACGUUCCAGAGGAUAGGCCAGGGUGGCAUGGAGCCAUUCGAAGCACUGGGAUUUCUUCUGAAUGUUUAGAUUAUAAUUCUCCAGACAACAACCCCACAGGUGCUAAACUUGCACUGUUUGGAUGCCAUGGCCAAGGAGGAAAUCAAUUCUUUGAAUAUACUUCUAACAGAGAAAUACGGUUUAAUUCUGUGACGGAGUUGUGUGCAACAGUUCCUGAGCAAAAGAAUUACGUCGGAAUGCAGACUUGUCCAAAAGAUGGGCUCCCUACACCAGUAAGCAUUAUUUGGCAUUUUAAAGAAGAUGGAACCAUAUUUCAUCCACACUCAGGAAUGUGUCUCAGUGCUUAUUGGACACCUGAGGGCCGGCCUGACGUACAAAUGAGAACUUGUAAUGCUCUUGAUAAAAAUCAGAUCUGGAGAUUUGAGUAG